ACGCUCUCUUUGAUGAACUGCGUGUUUCAGGAAGAAGUUGGCGCCUGACGCUGCGUAUUCGGGUAGCUAGCACGCUAACCGCAACUAUGUCAAAUAAUCUGUUGUAUUGAUUUUUCUCUUUGGCGUAGGGAAAUAAAUACAAAAUGAAUGAGAUGGAAAUCAGUGUACCCCUGUCCUCGCUGGCACUCCUGGUCCCACCUCUUCGUCUGAUGUCAGCAGUGAUGUGGGAAGUUGUCCGGCAGCGAAACAUAAAGCACUAUGGCAAACUGGAGGAAUUUGUUUCCAUGGUUACAGAUGCGGUACCCGAACUCAUGAGUAAACGAGAGGGGAGACUCUUGUCGCUGGGCCUCAGAGCAAGGACAACUCUUGAGCUGUUGCGUUCUGAACACCCUGAAGAUCUCAAGGCAGUAGAGACUCAUCUUAACCGAAUCCGAUCUUCUUGCAUGGAAGAGACAAAUGAUCCUGUAAUCGAAGCCCCAGAAGCUAACUUCAUGAAGCUUGUCCAAGGCCUUAUUGAAGACACUGAUGGCAGGGAACAUUUUCUCAAGAAUGUGUUUCCUGUCGAAUACGGCCCAGACUUUGACACAGCAUUAGAGACUCUUGUUUGUGAGUUCUUCACGAGACUGGAGGAACUUCUGCCAAUUCCAGAUUUCAAACAGACUGCCACUUGGAUCAGUGCUGCUCCUGCUGUCAUAGAAGAGUACAUGCAGUGUGUUUCAAAUGGAGAUGACCUUAAAUUUCUACUCCAGAGCAAACAGUGCCAUGGAAAGUUGGCAAAGACCACUGUUGCAGCUUCUUUUCAUUCGGAAGAUCUUCUGAUUCCAUCUCUGUCUCUCCCUCCAUCUCUGGAAGUGGCCAUCGCUUCCCACCCAAGUGCUUGUGAUGAUGAAAACACUCACGUCUCACAGAUCGUCAUGUUCGACGAAGAACUUUCCACAAACCCUUCCACUUCCACCGACUUUCCUGAAUCGCCUAAAAGGACUGAUGGUGCUUCAUCUCAUCGCAGGAGGCAUCAGUCAGGAAUCCAUAAAUGCCCAGAGUGUGACAAAUGUUUCAAGCAUCACUCCGUCCUCAUUGAACACCAGAGACUCCACAGCGGCCAGCAGCCAUACAACUGCUCUGAGUGUGGGAGGGCGUUCAGAACAGCCACUCUGCUGGCAGGUCACAGGCUGCGGAAGUGUAAAAAUGCUGCAUAUCUUUGCAUUAAAUGCGGAAACAACUUUCCAACUUCGUUGGAGAAGUUCCGACAUCACUGCCCGAAACGAAGGCGUAACUACGACUGUGUGCAAUGCGGAAAGAGCUUUUCAAAGUCUAGCGGCCUGAAAGAACACCUCCUAACUCAUGUCCAAAGCCGACUUUUCAAGUGCAGCCAGUGUGGUGCUGGCUUUUCAGGUAUCGGUGACCUGAAAUAUCAUCAGCAGGUAGAUCAUGAUAAGCCUUUUCACUGCAAACAGUGUGGAAAGCGCUUCAUCUCCUCCAAGUCUUUAGCCAAGCACCAACAGCGGCAUGAAGAAGGUGCUGACAUGGAAACAGUUAAAUUAUUGAGUGGAGGUAAACACAGCAAAAGUGUCCCAAGUCACCGGACUUCUUCAGUUACUCUGUCCUACAGGAAGUUGUCUGUUAAAGCCAUGUACCCUGGGGGAAGGGUCACCCAUAAUUGUCCGCUGUGUGGACGGAGCUUUAAGUACCGUUUUGAGUUUCUGGAACACCAGCGGUUUCACACAGCAGUGAAGCCUUACAAGUGCUCUCAGUGUGGAAAAGCUUUCCGGACUGAAGCUCACCUGUCCGGCCACAGGAAGAGAAAGUGUAAAAAUGCCGCCCACAUCUGCACCAAGUGUGGGUGUCAGUUCAGAUCUUUGCACGAACGUGUCCGACACCAGUGUGUGCAGCUGCUGACCAAAUAUGAGUGUUCUCACUGUGGCAAGACCUAUAAGAUGGCCCACCUGCUCAGGAACCAUCAGAUGAGCGAUCAUCAGCUUCCGUACAGCCCCAACCACCGCUUCAGGUGCAGGUACUGUGACGAGACCUUUCCUGGCAUCAGCGAGCUCAAGUAUCACCAGAGAGUGGACCACGAGAAACCGUAUCAGUGUCAGGAAUGUGGCAAGUGCUUCCUGUCUGAAAAAUGCCUGGCCAACCACGAGCUGCGCCACAACGACGACAGACCUGAAAGCUGCCAGGUCUGUGGCCGUGGCUUCAGGAACCGCUACGACUUGAAGCAGCACAUGCGCACCCACACAGGAGAGCGGCCCUACCAGUGCACCCACUGUUCCCAGUGUUUCUCCACAGCAGGGGGGCUACGCAGUCACACCAGGGUCCACACAGGAGAGAAGCCACACGUGUGCCCCGACUGCGGAAAGGCUUUCUCCCAGAUGGGGGCGAUGCGCACCCACAGACUCACCCACACAGGGGAGAGACCUUUCAAAUGCAGCAUAUGCGGCAAAGGUUUUACAAUGGCUCACAAAGUAACGGUCCACAUGCGGGUGCACACAGGCGAGCGGCCCUAUGUGUGCUCUCAGUGUGGCAAAGCCUUUUCAGACGGCAGCGUGCUGAAGCAGCACAUGCUGAACCACUCAGGGGUCAGACCGUACCACUGCCAGAUCUGCCCCAAGACCUACACGUGUCUGAACCACCUGAGGAGACACCUGAAGAGUCACUCAAACAUAAACUAAGUCUGGCAUCAAGGCAGAGGUGCUGAACCUGACAUUUUACAUAUCUGCACUUGUUCGAAAACGGUACUUAUGUUUUUUUUGACUAACUGAACCUGUAAUACAGAGUAUAGAAUAAGGCUGUCUGGUUGUCGACAAUGAAAUGGAAAUGUGUCUUUUUGUCUUUUGUUGCAAUGUAAAUGUAUGCACAGACUAUUACAAGCAGCACAAACAAAUGUCUUCACUCCUAAUGAGAUUUGUUUUCUGUACAUUACUAUUAAACUCAUGAAUGUUUCAGUUGACAUUUUCCAGAGCUCUAUAGGAGAUAAAGGGGAAAGUGCUUUCCUUAACUAUCUUUACAUCCUUCAGUGAAUGCUAUAUUGUCUGAUCUGUAUUAUCCCAGGUGUUAGUUCUAGCCACAUCAGGAGUUUCCAUUCCCCAAAUGUAGGCUCGGCUGUACAAUUCGUCACCAGCCAGCUGAGUGAUAUUUUUGCAUGCAUCCAGUGAAUUCUCAUGUUGUGAUUCUGCCUGAUCCUUUCAUAGACAUUGCAGUGGAUUUUGAUGUGGACCAUCCAGUCACCAUACUUGGCUGAUGCGUAUGUGCUGAGGUUGUAAUAUUGCGGAAAGUAUUUUUGGGAAAGGUCUUGUUAAACACAUGAAAGUUGUCUAUUUGUAAUUAUGUUGGAUGAUAAAUUCUGAGGCACAAUGGAAAAAUACAAACUUUUGACAACUGUGCUUUAUUUUCUGUAGGCCUCUUGUAUUUCCUUAGUUGUUUUUGAGGUGUUAGUUUCAUAUUAAAUUAGUUUGAUUGA